UCUUUCGAUACUGUUAUUGUGGCUCAAACAGUUGUUCUGAUUAGAAGUGCAUCAGCAUCUGGUCCCGAUAACUUUUCACUCCGAAUUAUUCCAAUUAGAUCAACGUGAAAAAUAGCAGCUUCCAUAUGGCAAACACAAAUCCCGAGUUACUCGAUGGCCUUUCGUGUCAGGAGCUUUUCGCAAAUUGCGAGGGAUUAACUUACAAUGAUUUUAUCAUUCUUCCGGGUUAUAUUGAUUUUACGGCAGACGAUGUGGAGUUGUCAUCGCCCUUGACCAAGGGAAUUACCUUGAAGGCGCCUCUCGUGUCGUCUCCCAUGGAUACAGUUACGGAAUCGGACAUGGCAAUCGCAAUGGCAUUGUGUGGCGGCAUUGGCAUCAUUCAUCAUAAUUGUACGCCGGAAUAUCAAGCGAAUGAAGUGCAUAAAGUGAAAAAGUACAAGCACGGCUUUAUACGCGAUCCAUAUGUAAUGGGCCCCACUCAAACGGUGUCAGAUGUAUUAGAGGCCAAACGUAAAAAUGGUUUCACUGGCAUGCCAAUUACUGAAAACGGUAAAUUAGGAGGUCGUUUAGUAGGUAUUGUCACAUCGCGCGACAUUGACUUCCGUGAACAUGAACUUUCGUUAACCUUGGACAAAGUCAUGACUCCCGUAAAGGAUAUGACAACAGCUCCCGCCGGCGUUACACUGCAAGAGGCCAAUCACAUCUUGGAAAAGAGCAAAAAAGGCAAAUUACCGAUCGUGAAUGAGGCGGGAGAACUUGUGGCACUGAUCGCUCGUACGGAUUUGAAGAAGGCACGUAGUUAUCCGCUCGCUUCGAAGGACAGUAACAAACAAUUGUUGGUCGGAGCUGCGAUUAGUACACGAGAAGACGAUAAAGAUCGCUUGGAUUUGCUCGUGCAUAAUGGUGUGGAUGUGAUUGUGCUCGAUUCGUCGCAAGGCAAUUCCGUUUAUCAAGUGCAAAUGAUCAAAUACAUCAAGGAAAAGUAUCCGCAGUUGCAGGUGAUCGGUGGAAAUGUCGUGACGCGUGCUCAAGCAAAGAAUCUUAUUGAUGCGGGCGUCGAUGGAUUGCGCGUUGGUAUGGGAAGCGGAUCGAUUUGCAUUACGCAGGAGGUGAUGGCAUGCGGAUGUCCUCAAGCGACAGCCGUUUAUCAAGUGAGUCAGUAUGCGAAGGAGUUUGGAGUGCCCGUGAUUGCCGAUGGCGGUAUCCAAAGUGUGGGACAUUGUGUAAAGGCGUUGUCAAUGGGUGCCAGUACCGUAAUGAUGGGAUCUUUGUUGGCAGGAACGUCAGAAGCUCCGGGCGAAUAUUUCUUCUCGGAUGGCGUGAGACUUAAGAAAUUCCGUGGUAUGGGUAGUUUGGAGGCGAUGGAACGCAAAGAUGGCAAAGGAAGUGCCGGAAGUCGUUAUUAUCACACAGACAUGGAUAAAUUGCGUGUUGCCCAAGGUGUUAGUGGCAGUAUUGUAGAUAAGGGAUCGGUCUUGCGAUUUGUCCCCUAUCUCCAAUGUGGCAUCCAACACAGUUGUCAAGACAUUGGCGCAAGAUCUGUGAAGGAAUUAAGAGAAAUGAUCUACAACGGCAAACUCCGGUUCAUCAAACGCACACAUUCGGCGCAGGCUGAAGGCAAUGUCCACAGUCUCUUCUCAUACGAGAAACGUCUUUUCUAGUAUCACGACAGCGGAUGUUCCAACAAAAAGAAAACUUAACCCUUUUUUUCUCUUCCGUAAUACAAUCAAUCAUUUUUUAUUAUUUAUAUAUUUUUUUAAUAUAUAAUAUAUAUAUAUAUAAGUUGUUACUUCUAAAUUUAAUUUUUGCAUUUUUUAUACAUAUUAAUGUUAAACCCUUAAAAUAUUAAUUACCACUAAUCGACUAUAUUAAUAUAAUAAAAAAUUGUAAAAAAUUAUUACUGCACUAAA